UUCUCAAUUCUCGUUACCCUGCAUAGUUUCAAACAUAAUAGCCAUAUAAACUUUGAUCUUGUCUAUGCUGGUGCAUCAGUGGUCACUAUCAGCCCACCUCCAGUUGCUACAGCAAAAGGAAGACCCGCGAAGACCUUAACAAACAUUGACUAACCGUAGAUACCGGCAUAAAGUAAAUCCGCUUUGGAGCGUUCGCUUCGCGUCUGAAGAGCGCUUUAACUUACGUAACUUUCUACCGAUCACAAAAAUGUAAUCAUUUGCCGGUAAUGAUUUUUGGAAUUUUCGCUCCUGUGGGUUCUAGUGACAGUGUAUAACAUGAAGAACAUUAGUUGCGGCUCCCAACUGGAACCAUCCAAGUAUCGGCAUCAUUUGGUUCCAGGCAGUCUGUACCAGAAUGUUCACAGGGGAACUUUGCGCCCAAUUGCACAUGGUGCAAGCCGGGGCAAUACGUAUGUAGCAACUCCAAAGUAUGCAUCGAUCAAGAAAAAAUCUGCGAUGGGAUAAAAGACUGCCCUCAAGGAGACGAUGAACGACAAUGUGUCACCAUAGCAAGUGAUAGUAAAACUGCUAAUGAGUUUCCUUAUUACUCAAACGGAUAUUUAAUGGUGAGGAAACAUGGAGUUUGGGGAAAACUGUGCAUCGACAAUUUUGAUAACGUUGUGUCUAAAUCCCAUAUUUCAUGGGAGAUUAAUGACUUGGGCAAAGCAAUAUGUAAAUCAAUGACCUAUCAGAAACUGAGAAGCAUUGAAAGUAGUGAAGAUGUGGCAGAAGCUACUGAUAAGCAGUACUUCGAGUUGGCGUAUACAAUGGAAAAUAAAAACAAGUCAAGUUUGUUGUUCAAAGAGAGCAGUUGUCCUACGAGGAAGGUUGUGAAGGUAACAUGCGAGGCUUUGGAGUGUGGUGCUAGACCUCAAGCAGUCAAACAUGUGGCCAGGGUGGUUGGAGGCGGAAAUGCAGGCCUAGGAUCGUGGCCCUGGCAAGUUGCUUUAUACAAAGAUGGAGAAUUUCAAUGUGGGGCUACUUUGGUGUCGAAUCGUUGGCUGGUAUCUGCUGGCCACUGCUUUUAUGGAUCGCCUAACGAACAUUGGGUUGCAAGGCUUGGGGCACUACGUCGCGGAACCACCCUACCAUCCCCUUAUGAACAACUGCGGGUUAUUUCCAGAAUAAUAGUGCAUCCAGGAUAUUUGGACUUUGGAUUUAUUAACGACAUUUCCUUGCUGCAAAUGACUUAUCCUGUAGUAUUCAGCGAUUAUGUGCGUCCAGUUUGUUUGCCUCCACCGGGGCAAGUUCUGGAAAAUGGCCAUUUAUGCACAGUUAUCGGAUGGGGGCAACUGUUUGAAGUGGGAAGAAUAUUUCCUGAUACACUUCAGGAAGUGCAAAUUCCCGUGAUAUCUACACCCGAAUGUAGAAAACGGACGCUUUUCUUGCCACUAUAUAAAAUUACUGACGACAUGUUCUGUGCUGGUUUUGAUCGAGGCGGCAGGGAUGCGUGUUUAGGGGACAGUGGAGGACCUCUUAUGUGUCCGGAGCCAAAUGGGCGCUGGACGCUUCAGGGUAUAACUAGUAACGGUUACGGAUGCGCUAGAGCUAAUAGACCAGGAGUUUACACUAAAGUAGCAAAUUAUGUUGGGUGGAUUAACUCCUACGUUUACGGGGACGACUCUCGCGUAGAGAAUGUUACUAAAAUAGUGACUUCCUGCACAGGACACCGUUGUCCCUUGGGAGAAUGUUUGCCCGAAAGUCGUCUAUGCAAUGGCUUCAUCGAGUGCAGCGAUGGAAGCGAUGAAAAAAACUGCAAAAAGAGCUAACUCUAAUUGACGACACACGCUUUUUAGAGUCUAGUAAGACCUGCUUUUCCUGUUGCUAUUAAAAUCAGCUUUUUACAGAUCUGUUGCUCACUUGGGACUUAUCUAUGAACUGACAAUCUAGUAUUAAUUAAAAUAGAAUUAGCAAAAGGCAAUAGACAUUACCUAACGAAUGUUUGCGAUAGAUAGUUGCCAUUACACGAACAAUCACGUACAAAUAUGUUUCGAUAUAUCUUUUAAUUCAAAAUCAAUAGGAUCCGACUUGUUAGUUGUACGCAUUCUUAAUAUUAUUGGUAGUUUAUAGGAUUGAAAAAUGUACUUCUUGCAAUAAAGACCUGAUCAUUUUAUGUGUUUGAGGAAAAUAGA